AUGACGGCCGAACUGCUAGGCUGUGAUGCUGUCGGAUGUCCAAUGGCCCCGUACCAGGAUGCCCAAUGCAAAGUGGGGAACGCGACUCUGCAAGUCAUCGGCAUUGCGAAUGUCACCACCACUGUCGACACCCGGCCACUCACCUGGACUGUCGGUCAACAAGAGGCUGAAAGUGGACGUAAUGGCGCGCAGAUAACGUAUGACCGCAAUUUCUAUCUGGGGACCCCACCCUCGCUUCAGCUGAAGAAUACGACUGGUUGUGCCCUCUUCUUCGAAGGAAUAGCUGCCAGUCUUACGCCGCCGGACAGAUUCGGCAACUUCAGUUGUUCCGAUCUUCUCAAUAAAGAUUGCAUCUCGGACUUGAUUACGCAGGCGCAGACCGCUGUUAACCCAGGCGAGGCCGCCAACGACUCAGACUUCUGCAAUAAACUGCGCGAAGCUCUAGGUAACAAGCGACCUUCAACCUGUAACGGGGUCCAAGGGUCGUGGGAAACGAUGGUCGCUCGUCCUCUAACUGGCGACCAGGCUUUGCAGAAGAUGGACCAAAGCCAAUGUCGGCCCACCACGGGUGACAACUACGAUUUGUUCCUCGUUCACAGCCAGCGGCAACACCCCUCCAGCCGCGAAUUGAAAGAGCUGGCUGCCGUCACGCCUGUGAUGACCGUCUUUAGGGAAGCGGAUGACACCAACGCUGAGCUGAGCUGCCUUGGGUUCGUGGAAACCAAGGCAGGACUUGUUGCCCAAGGGUCAUCCGCUGGAAUCAAUGCCCCUUUCUUGGGUUAUCUGGGGUUGCUCGCAUUUACGUUUGUUUUUGUGGUUUGA